AUGGUGGCAGAAGCCGAGCUUCCGCAACCGCUGCUGGACGAGAUGGUCAGCUCGCCUCCCUGUCUCCCCCAUGACGGCGUGCACAAGCCUGGGAUAGGCAUUGUGGAGGGAAUGACUCCGCCACAAAGGCUCCUCUUUCCCCCAGAGAAGAUCUGCAUGGCUUGGAAGCAAAGACAGAGUGCGGGAGCAGGACUCCGCAAUGUGGGCAACACGUGCUUCCUCAACGCUGUCCUGCAGUGCCUGACAUACACCCCGCCGCUGGCCAACUACCUGCUCUCCCGGGAGCACAGCCAGACCUGUCGCCAACGAGGCUUCUGCAUGAUGUGCAUCAUGGAAGUGCACGUUAACAAGGUCCUGCAUUCCUCCGUCAGUGCCAUCCUGCCCUUGGCUGUUCUCAGGGGGUUCAGAUUCAUAGGAGAACACUUUCAGCUUGGCAGGGAGGAAGAUGCCCAUGACUUCUUAUGCUGUACUGUCAAUGCCAUGCAGAGAGCUUGUCUGAGUGCAAGCAACGACUUGGACCUCUCUUCUCAAUCUACUACCAUUGUCCAUCAAAUAUUUGGAGGCCUUCUGAGAUCCAGAGUCAUCUGCUUCAGCUGCAAAGCCAUUUCUGACUCCUAUGAGGCCUUCCUGGAUGUGCCUUUGGAUAUCAAAGCAGCCUCAUCCCUCACUGCAGCUCUGGAGGACUUUGUGACACCUGAGCAGCUGGAUGGUGAAAACUGCUUUACGUGUAGCAAGUGUGAGAAGAAGGUUGCUGCCUCCAAGAGGUUCACGGUCCACUGUGCACCCAAGGUUCUCACAGUGUGUCUGAAAAGGUUUGACUGCUUCACUGGCAGCAAGAUCAGCAAGAUUGUAGAGUAUCCGGAGCACUUGGAUCUUCGCCCGUACAUGUCUCAGGACAAUGGAGAUCCACUCCUCUACUCCUUAUAUGCUGUGCUGGUGCACAGUGGUGUCAACUGUCUCGGAGGGCACUAUUUCUGCUACACAAAGGCCAGCAAUGGACUGUGGUACCGGAUGGACGAUGAGUCUGUGGAGCUGCGUUCCAUUGACACAGCUCUCAGGCAGCAAGCCUACCUGCUGUUCUAUGCUAGUCAGUGUGAGGCCAGCAGCAAGCAGGCAGGUUCUGCUGGACCACGGGGUCAGCCUCGCAGGACUAAGGGCCUGAAGGACACCGGCAGGGAGAGGGCCCGCAGCAGAUCCCCUCUGUGGGGCAGGAAUCUCUGCAGCCGCUCUGUGGACACCACGGACUAUGACCACUCUUCAGGGAGGACUGGUCCUCCAAGUCGAGCCCGUGCUCCGAGGGAUAACACAGCUACAGGGCCUUCCCACAGGAGUGACCAGUGGGCUCCUGCUCCCAGGGCUGCUCAGGAGCAAGCCCUGCUGAGGCAGAGGGAGCUGAGCAGAUCUGCAUGGGGCACCUACAACCUUCGCCGCCGCUUUGUGCACUACACAGACUACGACCGCUCCCUGAGGAAGAGAAAGAGGGAGAGGACAAGUCCUCCACGUUGUGACCAAGCCCCAGUGGACGCUGCAGUUCCAGGGCCCUCCAACGCCAGCUCCAAGCAGGCUGUCACGCUCAGAGCUGCUCGGGAGCGAACCCCACAGAGGCAGAGAGAACAGAGAAGAUCCGCGUGGCGGAGCGAUGAUCACCACAGCCAGUCUGUGCAGUGCACAGACUACCGCCCUGCAGAGAAGAAGAGGAGGCUUUCCCUGACCCAGAGAUGCAUGUCAGACAACCAUUCAGGGCACUCUGGGAAUGAUGGCCUUGGAUUAUGGCCCUGGCUCAAGCAGAAUGCAAGACUAGCACUGCGUUUCUUAGCCAAGGCAUCCUCGUUUUCGACACGCCUUUUCAGACAUCAGUGA